AUGAUAGGUGACGAGACUGGCAUGCUUGAAGACAUGUGGAUUGGUGUCCGAGAUUGUAAGAAUGUUUCCUUUAAGAUAAACCGUGCAAAAGGUGAUCAACCUUCGCCAAUACCUAGCAUUAGCGGUUCAAGGACCCACUUAAUUGUCAAUAUUGAACUAGAGGAGAAGGCCUUUUCUGAAUUGCCUGAGCCUUUGCAAACGGGAAGAAAAUUAAUUAAAGUUGUUCCAGUUCUAUUUACUGUUGGUAUUAAUGAGCAGGCCACAAUUGCUGAAAGACUUGGACAAGUCGCUUUGCAAGAUGCUAUCAAUGAUUGGAGUUUUAAACGAUUCAAAGCUUAUUUUGAGCAAUAUAGGACAAUGCAUCCUAAUACAAGAACUAGCAAAAGUAGCUACUCUCCAUCUUUGAGUGAAUCCUUACAGAAAUUGGAAGAAAUUAUACAAAAGAAAGCAAAUAAGAACAUCGGAAUAUUGAUUCAAAGUGAAGAGAUUUGUCGUAGACUAGAUGGCGGAAGAUUAACUUGUUGUAAAAGUGGUAAAGAUCGUACGUCUAUGUCAGUUACAUUAGAACAAUGUUUGUUAUUGAGGAAUGAACAUAAUCUUGAGAAGAAAUAUUUUGAACGAGCAUUAGAAACAAUGAGAAGUGAGGGUCCUCGACGUGAAAAUACUUGGAAAAACGCUAAUGCUCGAUGUUACGCUUUUAAUCGUAUGCAAGUGAUGGUUUUACCUAAUUUGUAUAAACCACCUGCAGGAACUUAUGGCAGUGCGCAAACAUAG